AUGCAUCAAUCACCCGCGAGCCGCCCUGACUCUCGGGGUGACAACGCUCGUUACCAAAGCCAACCUCCAAAUCCCCAAUCCCAUCCUCAUAGCGGCCGACCUGGCUCGUCCGACAGUGAUGCUUCAUCCUCUUCAUCGCGGGUGACAACACUCAAUCGCCCGAAAGGCCCUCUCCGCUCCCUCAAUACUCCGUCUUCCCCCCAUCCUCCUCGGACAUCGUCAAUUGGUAUUAUCAAUGCAAGUGCAAAUAGCAGUAACCCGCGUCCAACAGUCGGUGCAAAUUCACCGUUGAGACCGCCGAAUGAUCCGAUCUCGAGAAAACCAUCUCCACGAGCCCCGCUGCCAGAAUUACAAAGACACAGACCACGACAACAUUCACAGGGCUUCUUUGAACCUUCAUUACCCACCGCGAGUCUCGCCGAUCAUACCAUGACGGCUCUAACGGCUUCGCAAAUUGCUGCCCAAGCGGCUAUGCAGUCGACUCAACAACAGCACGUGCGGCAUCGUUCACAGACAGUUCCGAUCGAGGAUGGACUAAAGACUCGGAAAGGUGGUCGAGAAUCACCGCCACCGGUCCACCUAGCACCUCAUACAACUACAUCAGCGUCAACAACGGGCGGUGGUGCAGGAGCAGGAGUCGGCGGGUUCUACAGCAAUGCAUACCAGAACGGACUUAUAGGUUCGAGUGUGGCUGCAGCUACCACCGCUGCCAGUAUUGCGUUUCCGCGACAUCAAGCGGGGGCAGAUGCGGUAGAUCAGAAACAGAAAACAGAAAAGACAAGGAAGAAGUUAUUCUCCAAACCGAAACAUAUUGGUAUAUCAAGGGACAGGGACUGGAUGGGCAGCAGCAAGGACAAAGCGCUAUCAUCUCCCAGUAAACUCGGAUUUGGCAGUUCAAGCGGAUUGUCAAAGAUGGUUAGUGCGUCUACGACCAAUCUCACCGAGGUGAGCUCCAACAAUUCUUCCAUGUAUAAUCUCUCGAAUGCAUCCGCGAGUACGGUGGUGCCGGUCGAUAAGGGAGAGAAGGAGAAGGAGAAGGAUAAAGAGAAGAUCCAUAAACACCAUUUCCUAUCACGACAAAAGCUCAAACUCAAAGACGACCACCAUUACUUGCCAUUAUCAUCCGCUUCCAGCAACUCGAAACCUCUAGACCCGAACGCACCUCAAUCUCUCUAUAACUUUGCUCCGUCCUCACCCGGGCCGUCCUCUUCAAGUUUUCCGAAAGCAGGAUUGGAUCUACUUCAUGGAGGUCGAGCUCUGAGAGAAAAAAGGCGAGAAGAGAAAGCUAUGGUGUCUACUGCAUACGAUGCUAGCAGGGAUUCUAUAGAUACUCAAUGGCCUUCUGGUAUUGGCUCUAGCAUUAGCGGCUCAGCUACACCUUACGGAAACUCUCUGGGCAACCUGGGAAGCGUGAUCAGUAACGACAGCGUCAAAGAGACUCUCCAGGGCUUCGGUUUGCAUAAUAUGACGGCAGAAGACGUUUGGGAUUUCCUGAAGGCUAAACUGUUGGUUAUAUUUGACGGUGGCGAUGUCCGCAUUGCUGUGGAGGACUUGAACAAGCUCGUGGUUAUACAUAUUCAACUCUGCGUCCAAAAACAGAUGCCGACUAUUGUAGAAGAUCUUCGAGAAUUACUGCAUACGGGGUUCUCGACGCUGAAUCAUUCACUUAGUGGCAUUCCGGAUGAAAAACUCGUUCCUCAUCUGAUGCAGAUAUGGAUGUUAGCAUUCGGAACGAUCUUACCCUUCAUUCAGGCAGUCUUCCUCCCAUUGGAUCUCGAAUUCAAGGGCCGUGGAUCCGUGAUGAACGCUCGAGAAGCCAGAGAGUUCUGGGGUGCCUUGCCUACAAAUGGAGACACAGAAGAAAGUUCCCUAGGUGAUGAGCUCGACGUUCGUAUGAUUGUUCUAACCGCGUUUCGCGAUACGGUCAUUCUGCAGCGCUUCGAAGCACUAAAUGCCAUCUUUUCCCGCCUGAGUCUAGACACCAUCAACGCUACCAUUGGUGCCUUAAGUUCUACUUCUAACAGUAGCAGCAGCGGCGGUCGACCGGGCACAGCCGCAUCCCUAGAUCCGACGUACAGUAGCUUCAACUCUCAGCAAUCAUCUCUCAACAUCGCCGGCAGCUACUCCUCUGACUCUGCAAGCGCAAACCGCAGUCGCGCAACAUCCAACACCUCCUCCAACCCAGACCAAUUGAUCUUCCAGUCAUUUACAUCACCGUCCCAACGCCAACUUCAAACUCUCCGCAAUAACCAGAACGCAGACUCAUCGCACGUCAUCACGGAUACUGUGGGCCGCAUGCUGCAAUGCUUUAGCGUGCUAGCUAGCAUCCAAAGCGGGGACGAAGCACAAGAACGCAUCGAAACAUUAACCAAGACCUUAAAACACAACUGGCUUGGACGUGGUCGGACGGGCCGAGAUCGAAGAGGAUUUGUCGGGACCAAGGUCAAACCUGUUAUGUUACCGCGUCAGAAUAGUGAUGACACUACGAGUAGUAGUGACCGGGCAACAAUGACGAAUGGGAAUGCAGUAUGGCGGAAUUCCCUGCUAGCUAGCGGAAGAAACAUGGGUACGAGUGCUGUUAGCUGACGAUGGCUGUUCACCAAUUUUUUCUUUUCUUUUCUUUUCUUUUCCUUAUUGACUCUUGUGAUGUUCUUGACCCAGCGAACGGAAAUAUCCUAUUGUUAGUUGUGUACAUGGCGUUUGGUGAAUACCCAAUGUCUAUGAUAAAUAUGAACAUGAAAAUGUAAUCAUGGGAAUGAACUCGACUUUUAAGCC